AAGCUUCUCUAUUGCUUUAGCAGGGAAUUGGAGAAACGAGUGGUUUUUGUACGUGCUCUGUUGCUUAUAGACAAAGGGAGCGAAUAGGCGGAAAUAUUCGGGGAUAUUAUAAAAUCUGAAAGGACUUUCUGUACAGCGUGGCGGUGCACGACAGGAAAUUAACUCCAAAAAGAAUGCUUUCUCUCAAAGUGCUGCGACAGAAUUGAACAUUUGGCUUUUCUAGUGUCUGAAAUUCGUCCUGAAGACACGACAAGGACUAUCAGAAACAUCUGAGAGAUCCUGGUACUUUUUAAAGAGACUUAAAGCAAAUGCCAGCUGAAUGACCUUGGAGAUGAUUUUAUGUGGAUUCAUUAAUUUUCACUGCUGGUCUUCUAGUCUCAGGAACUCUAGGAUUAAUGAUGGUUUUAACGUUUUUGGGGCCUUUCAAAAAAACAAGAUUGUAUACAUUUAAUUACCUGCCUAAUGAUUCCUGAACUAAUCAAGCAUUUACUUAAAACUGAACACAGAAGAUGCUUUUAAUGUUUUCUGUCUCCAUAGCUGUGAAUAAAAUGAACAAGGUAAUGUUCUGCAAAUAGAAGAACAAUUUUUUAAGCAACUAUUUAUUAUGCAGAUCAUCUAAUAAAUAUAGAAACCUUAAACCCCUGAGAAGAUGAAGCUGAGCAACAGAAUAAUGGAGUAGUAAACAAUGGCAGCUUUUCUAGUCAAAUCAGCAUUUCAUUAGCUUCCCAGCAGAAUGCAGAUGGAAGUUUCUGAGCUCGUUGUGUGGGGUUUUGUGAAAUGAUUCAGUUGUUGCUACAGAGCCAAGGUGUGCCAGAGGUGAUGCACUGAUGCUGAGGAGGCAUCAACAGCCAUGGGACUCUAAUCCUCUCCCAUGUAAGCACUGGCAGUGUCUGCAAGGAGAGACCGUGAGGCGCUGAAGCAGAGUUUAGCUGCUGUUCAGCAGGUCACCUGCUCACUAAGGCUCAGAUUGCACUGUUCCCUAAGCACAAAACAUGAACCAGUCCCGAUGGAUUGAAUGGAGGACUCUGAAUAUGAGCAGUAGUGUUAUGAACAUAUCUGAGCACCUCUCCUGCCCUCUUGGAUUUGGUCACUACAAUGCAGUUGACAUCUGUAUCCUUGAGACAGUCGUUAUUGUCUUGCUGACGUUUUUAAUUAUUGCGGGUAACUUAACUGUGAUAUUUGUUUUCCACUGUGCUCCACUCCUGCAUCAUUACACCACAAGCUACUUUAUUCAGACCAUGGCCUAUGCUGAUCUUUUUGUUGGAGUCAGCUGCUUGGUUCCUACUUUGUCACUGCUCCACUACUCAACAGGUGUCCACGAGUCCUUGACUUGUCAAGUUUUUGGAUACAUCAUCUCUGUGCUCAAAAGCGUCUCUAUGGCAUGUCUUGCUUGCAUCAGUGUGGAUCGCUAUCUCGCUAUAACAAAGCCCCUCUCCUAUAACCAACUGGUCACACCUUGUCGCUUGAGAAUCUGCAUCAGUCUCAUCUGGAUAUACUCUUGCCUGAUCUUCUUGCCUUCUUUUUUUGGUUGGGGAAAACCUGGUUACCACGGUGAUAUUUUUGAAUGGUGUGCUACCUCCUGGCUAACUAAUGCCUACUUUACUGGCUUUAUUGUGUGCUUACUCUACGCUCCUGCUGCCUUUGUCAUAUGUUUCACCUAUUUCCACAUCUUUAAAAUCUGCCGGCAGCACACCAAAGAGAUCAGUGACCGCAGAGCUCGGUUUCCUAACCACGAGGGGGAUGCUGCUGGGGAGGCUGGGCACAGCCCCGACCGCCGCUAUGCCAUGGUUCUGUUCCGGAUAACCAGCGUCUUCUACGUGCUCUGGCUCCCUUAUAUCAUAUACUUUCUGCUGGAGAGCUCCAGGGUGUUGGAGAACCCAGCACUCUCCUUCCUAACUACGUGGCUUGCUAUAAGCAAUAGUUUCUGCAACUGUGUGAUCUAUAGCCUCUCCAACAGCGUUUUCAGGCUGGGACUGCGGAGACUGUCAGAGACAAUAUGUUCAUCUUGUGUGUGUUUAAAAGACAGGGAUGUACGGGACCCUAAGCCAAGGAAACGGGCUAAUUCCUGCUCCAUUUAAAGAAAACUGGUGCAUGUAAUCAAAUGCGGAGUUUUGAUAGUAUUUGUGGUGUCUGGAAACUUGCCAGAGAGAAAUGUUUACUUGAACAGCUUGCCGUGGUGUUAAGAGUGAAUUUAAAAGGGAUCCUGGUGGAAAAAGCAAAGGCAGCUGUAAGAAGGGUCACUGAACUCCUGUGAAAUUGUCAGGAGAACAAGUCAAGAGAGAUGAUGAAGAAAGUCAGAAAUGAAAAUCUUCUAAAGGGCAUGAAGUAACUAGCACAUCAGAGGAGGUUCCUCAUAAAACAAAUUAGUUAGUUACUAUCUUACAUUUUCCCCCUCGUAGACAAGUUGUCUUUGUGUCACAGUAUACUGUAGCCUUCAGAUUUUAAUGCAUUUAAGAGGAAGCAAUCAACACCACAGUAUGCAGCUAUCAGUAAAUUAUAUACUUGAGGACUGUAGUAGAUACUGCAGGUAAUAAUCAGCUCUACCUUUGCUCACAUAUUGUACAAUUUCAGUUGUACAAAAAAUCUGCAGUGCAUAAACCCUGCCCUGGGCAUGAUGACGCUUUGGGAUAAACUGGCGCCUUGUGGUACAACUUACACAGAAGCUCUCCCUCUCAUUUCCCCUUUCUUCCCAUGCUGUGCAUCCCUCUAUUCCAUUGUCUGCAGGUGAGUGAGUUUGAGAGCACCUGUGAGGUUACCUGAAUUCCAAACCAUUCUUUCUGUAGAAUGCAAUGGCCCUCCCUGGCUGGCUGCAGCUGCCCAUGUCCAAUGAUUUCCCCAGUUGUUCACUCUCUUGACCCAUUUCAGUCAGCACACAGAGUCUGUGUAGUGUCCUUUAGGGUGUACUGAAGUUUUUCCUCACUGGUUCCACAGGUGCUCCUAAUGCAGAUAUGAUAAUGGCACACAGCAGUGUGCAGCACUGCUUAGAAAAUUAAAAAUAACUGACCCUUUUCUUUGGGAAAUCUAAAGAGCUUACUGUUGUAGCUGUCAGUCUGUUGUGUGAACCUCCACUUGCACAUACUGUAUUUUUUUAAGAGAAAACAUAAAUUGUGGUCUGUGCCUAAUGUUUUCAUAGCACAUGGCGUAGGUCAAUGCUACAGGAUCAAAAAAUUUACCCUUGCUUUAAGAUAAAUACUUCUGUGCAGCUCUUUGUUAGACAAGUGUUCUCAGAGGAGGUAAACAGAACAGUUUGGUGUUAAAUACAGGCUGAGAGCUUUGGUAUGUCCUUUUGUACUGAACUGACUUUCAGGUUCACUGAUGAAAUCUUUUUGAUUUUGCAAGGGCACACAUAAGGUUUGUGUAAUAAAUUGCCAGGGGUUCAGAUGCAUGCCAAUCAAUACAAUAUUUAAAUUAUAACUUUGAACCAAAUGUAAUUUUCUUAGAUGGUUAUUGGCUUUUAAAAAAGGCCCAAUUAUUGAUAAUUGGUGUCUUUUAACACUGCACUAUUAUUCCUUCUUUCACCAAAAUGCGUAUGUAAAGAUUGUGCCUAUUACUUUUUGUAAUGAAAGCUGACCACGUGUGCACACUUGUGGUUUGACUCUAGAGCUCCCUUGAUACUGUACUCUUUGUUCUGUUGAGGUGGUUCUGAACCCCUAUACAUAUUUUUUUUAACCUGUAAGAAAGUUGAAACAAUGGAAUAAAGUAGUAUUAUGUCAAUCAAACUCA